AUCGCCGGAUAUUUAUGGCCAGGGCUCAGGAGCUGCGGCGGGGGAGCCAGGAGAGCACUCUGGGUUGCGAGCGCAGGCGGCGCGGCCCUGGGCCCUGGGUGCCUCCCCAUCGGCUUCCCGAACGCUGCCUGGUCCGCCGCGAGGGGGAGGAUGGAGGCAGCCGCCGCGCUCUGAGCCCCGUGAGGUGACACCCUUCUCGCCGCACCACCCCGGCGCCCGCGCAAGCCGCUGUUGCCCCCUGCAGGUCUCCAUCUCCCGGAGCAGGGAGCGCGGAAAAACGAGCCAUGGCGGAAAACCUGAGGGAGCUGGCCUCGAAUGAAUCUUUACAACGGUUGCAGGAAAAGCUAGAGUCUUGGGUGAAGGAGUACGACACAAACUCAUGUGAUCAAAAUCUAAAUAAUUGCCUUGAACUCAUCAAGCAAGUUGCCAAAGUACAAGGACAACUCUUUGGGAUCCUCACUACAACUGCUCAAGAAGGAGGACAUAACGAUGGUGUGGAAACAAUCAAGUCACGCCUUUUGCCUUGGUUAGAAGCUUCUUUUACGGCUGCUUCCCUGGGAAGACCUAUUGAUAGCAAGGUCCCCUCUCUACAGGACACGUUUGAUAGAGAGAGACAUAAAGAGCAGGGUCUUCGGGAUCAAGAUCUACAACAAUUAAACUCCGACUCGAACUCAACCCAUAAUCAGCUCAACCAGGUCAAAGACAAGUUUAAAUCCCUUCAAGCCCAGGAGGUUGCCCACCACAGAAGCACUGCAACUAGGCGCCAAGAGCAGUGCAAAACUGAGCAGAGGGUUUUGGCCAGGCAGAACACAGACCAGCGGGACACAGAGCUGUAUGAGGUGUAUGAGAAACAGAUCCGAGACCUGAAAGAUGAGAUAGCUGUCCUGUCUGCAGAAAAAUCUAGUCUCCAAGGAAGGUCAGCCAGGAGCCAGUCUCCUAGCCCUGAGCAUCAGAGCCACAGUGACAACUAUAGCCAGAGCAGGUCUGCCAGCCCCUCUACCGCAGUUGCCAAGGACAGAAGCCCAUCACCAAAUCGGUCCAAACUGUCCAGUGUGGCUCGCAAGGCUGCCCUCCUGUCCAGGUUCAGUGAUGCCUAUUCGCAAGCCCGCCUGGAUGCACAGUGCCUGCUUCGGCGCUGCAUCGACAAUGCUGAGACUGUGCAGCGCAUCAUCUACAUUGCCACUGUGGAGGCAUUUCAUGUGGCUAAAAUGGCAUUCAGACACUUCAAGUUCCGGGUGAGGAAGUCAAUGACGACACCAUCUUACUUGGGGUCGAAUGACUUUGAGAAUGCUGUCAUGGACUAUAUCAUUUGUCAUCUUGAUCUAUAUGAUUCCCAAAGCAGUGUUAAUGAUGUGAUCCGUGCCAUGAAUAUCAACCCCAAGAUCUCGUUCCCUCCUGAAGUCGACUUUUGCCUCCUCAGUGACUUCAUCCAGGAGAUAUGCUGUAUUGCCUUUGCAAUGCAGUCAUUGGAUCCUCCCCUUGAUAUCACCUUUGGGGCUGAUGGAGAAAUCUUCAAUGAUUGCAAGUACCGUCGCAGCUAUGACUCAGAUUUCACUGCUCCCUUGGUCUUUUAUCAUGUGUGGCCUGCACUCAUGGAGAAUGACUGUGUCAUUAUGAAGGGAGAAGCUGUCACCAAGAGAGGGGCUUUUUGGAAUUCGGUGCGAUCUCUGAGUCGAUGUCGAAGCAGGAGUUUAAGUCCCAUUUACCCCCGUAGCCGCAUUGGUUUAAGCACGAUAUCUCGAAGUCGGAGUCCUUCUCCAAUAAGAUGUACAUUGCCAAGGUUUUAAAGCUACCAGAUAUGUUCCUUUGCCGCAGUUCAUCAUAGCAGCCAACUUCCUCAGUGCUUCCAUCCACCUGCCUCAUCUGCCUCUGACCUCACUUAACAUGAUGUGAAAAGAGAGUUAAAUGUUUUGGCUUAGCACAUUUGUAACUUCAGCUGUAUUGCAUUUUAUUUUCUUUUCUAGAUACAGAUUCCAUUAAUUUCAUAAAAAUGAUUACAUAGGCAUUUAGGAUCAUAUUCAUUUGAAGCAAAGUCCAUCAGAAGGUUUAGGAUUUCCAUCCUAAAAUAUGAGGCUCUAUAGGAUCUACCUGCACAAAAGUGGACAGUGUUUACUAUGUUGAGUCCAAAAGAACAGAAUCAUAUUGGUUUACAUAUUGAGCAUAAAUGCUACAAUUGUUGAUAUCAGCUUUUAAGCUGACACUGAAAUUGAGUGUUUUAAUAGCUUUUUAAAGCGUGGAAGACAACCUCAAUCUCAGAUUGGGAUAGUUAUAUAUCAGUAUCAGUGACUCUAGGCUCAAUGCAGAAGAUGAUAAAUUUAAAAGAAUACAAUUAGUUGACUUUCCUCUGUUCUUGUUUUGAGAGUGCCUGGAUUUGGUUUAUGAAAGAGUAACCAUUGAAGCUACUUAGUUGAGAGAAUUUUCUUGCUUCCUAAAUACAGAAUAGUGGUUUGAUUAGAAAUCAACCUUGACAUAAAUAUUCAUUACUUUAUGUUAUCCUUUAGGAGUGUUUCACUGUUUUAAUGUACAUUACCUGGGACAUGCCCUUUACCUAUUCUACCUAGUUGUUUGCAAAUUCAGACCUCCUUUGAACUCCAUCUGACUAAAAGUGUCUGAACUCAAGGCCUAAAACUAGGAGCAUCACUUACUGAUUAUAAAUUGAGCAUUUCUCCCUUGACUUCCUCAUUGUGAAGUACUCUUGAAAUUCACAUUCAAGAUAAGAAUGACUGUUGUUUUCUUUAGAUAAAAAUUUUUUAUUUUUCUUUUUUCUCUACUUUCAAGCCAGCCAUACACACAAACUUCACUACCAUUGACUUCUUUAUCCAUUUGUCUUUCAAAGACAAACUUUGAGGGGCUGGGGAUUUAGCUCAGUGGUCCCGGCGCACCUACCUCACAAAUGGAAGUUCCUGAGUUCGAUCUCUGUUACCACACACACACACACAAAGACAAACUUUGAAUUGACUAGAACUCAGUUUGGAUAAGCUCAGUGCCAAAUCAAAAAUCAAACACCAGAAAUAUUUUUGCUAGAGCAUCUUGCCUCUGUGGUGGGUGUGGGAGUGGGUAGAAGGACUCCUCCAUCUAAGGAGGAGUCCCAUUGGGCCCCGUAGUCACCAGCCCAAUCCAAGUGUGAUUUAAAUUUUUCUCCCUCUUUGUACAUUUAUGUCAUCAUUUCCAUGAGGUCAUGUGGUGUAUUGGAAGGAGUAUUAAGUAUCUAGGUAGCUUCUAGCCCUCCUUUAUCAUUUGCUUGCGUUGUAACCUUGAGCUGGUUCCUUCACCUCUCAGUUUCACUGUAGAGUGAGUAGAUUAGUCGUUCUCAUAAUCCUACCAGAGCCAAUACUUCUUUUAUAGCAAACAUUUUAUUCUGGAUAUCUUGAAAUGAAAGCCAAAGUUAAUCAUUUAUAUGCACAUUUCACCUACACAGUGAAUAUAAUACCAUAACUGUAAAAUAAAGCAGAAAAAAGAAAACAAUUUUUAAUAAAAUGUAUUUCAAUAAAAAGCAUAGGAAUUAGUACAGUUAGAAACAAAGAAGCUGAAUCACUCCCUUUCCAUGAUCAACUGUAAACAUUACACCACUCCUAAUGGUCAUCCAUGCUUCCAUAAUCCUGACAGGGAAGUUGUGUGAGCCACUUCCCUUCUCUCCAUUCAACCAUAAACAGAAGACCACGCUAUUGAUUAUUCAGGCUUAAACUUAGGAGGUUGUACAGAUUGCUGACAUCACAAAAAAAGAAACAGUGAGAGGCACCUGACCCUUUAAAUACUAGAAGCUUGAGUUACAAAGCCUCUUUUUGCUUGCUCUGCCUUUCUGCCUAUUCCUGCUGCUGCCCUAAGAUCUUCAAUAAACUCACAAAAUAAUAA